UUGAAUGUUUUCAUUUUUGCUAUUUUUGCCUCUAUAUAUAUAUAUAGUCCAUUCUCUUAUACUUGCUGUUUAGCCCUUGAUUGCCUUCACUACUAUUGCUUCCAUUAGGUAGUACAUAUCUUCAAUUGAAUCAUGUGGUUUUGUGCUCUUAAUCCACACAUAAUAUCGAUCAUAUGGAUGACAUUUAGCAGCUUUACUUCGAUUAUAUUUGCAAAGGUGGUUUCCUGUUGUAGUAAAGUUCGAUAUAAACUGAUCUUAUCACUGGUUAACAUUUAUCGCAGUUAAAUGUUCUUGUUCCCUUAAUCGUCUAAAUACUCAUGUCUACUAAGUCCUCUAGUGCUUCCAACAAUAAUUUCCUGACGGAUAUAUUGCAAACGCAAGCAUAUGCAUGAAAGAUUAGUCUUCUUCAGUUUUCUGAAUUUAAUCCGGGGAAUCGAUUUACCUGUCUCUUGCAGUGAUGGUGAUUCGGGAACAGGAGUAAAUGCUGCUAAACUUUUGAAAGUGGCCUGGAUGACUUUUCCUUUAGGAAUACUAGUUACACUUGCAGCAUGUUUAUUUGUCUUCUGGUGGCAAGGCCUAAGUUAUUCUAGUCCAUAUGCACAAGCUAUCUUGAUUCAUGGUUUUGCAUGCGUACUUGAGCUACUGGCAGAGCCGUUUUAUAUAUUAUCCCAGAACUUGGUUUUUCUCAGAUUGCGAUUGGUUGUUGAAACUGCAGCUACUCUUUUCCGCUGCAUAAUAACAUCUAUCCUCAUCCUGAAGCAACCAAGCCUGGAGAAAGCAAUUGUAUUUGCCCUGUCACAGGUUACAUACGGAGCAACUAUUUUCUUCGGUUACUGGGGCUACUUUCUUCUAUUUCGUGUGUAUAGAACUUCUGUUCUAUUUCCAUUCAGGGUAGGAAGUACAACGGAUCAUAACAGACCGCUUCUGAACAUGUGUGUGAUUUUUACUCUUCAAUCGUUCCGGAAGUUGAUUCUUCAAGAAGGUGAAAAGAUGGUCCUUGUAUGGUUAGAUACACCAUAUAACCAAGCAGUUUAUGGUCUCGUAGAUAAACUAGGGAGCUUAGUUGUGAGGCUCGUUUUUCUUCCAUUUGAAGAAAGUUCCUAUGUUACAUUUGCAAGGAGAUCACAAGGACAAAAAGAAGAUCCUGGGAAGGCGUCUGACAGAUGCGCUGAAGCUUGUUUUGCUAAUAGGAAAUGGAGUGACGGAGAAGCUUCGAAAGCACUCCAAUGUUUUUGCCUUUACGUGAUAGUUUUGGCCAUGAAUGGUACAUCCGAGGCAUUUAUGCAUGCAGUUGCAACAGAGAAUCAACUCAAACGGUCGAAUGACUCGUUACUCGUCUUCUCAUUGAUUUACCUAGUCUUGAAUGUCUUACUUAUACGAUCAGCAGGCGCAAUUGGAUUAAUAUUAGCAAAUUCUUUGAGUAUCCUUUUUUCGACUUCUCUUUCUUCGCGAUUAAUUUAUUCCCAUGGUUCUUUUUCUGUUUCGUAUUUCUGGUUUAUAUCUCGUGGCGUUUCAUUGGUUCCUUGACUAUGUG